AUGACCGAAACAAUCAUUCAACCUAGCGAAGCAGAGUCAGGAACGGUGCCACCACAGUCCGAAGAAAAUCAGAUCGUGGACCCGACAAGCGGAGGCUCAUCACAGAAGGUCUUCAUCACGCGCAACUUAGACAACGGCUCACCCAACGUUUCGUUGAAUACUCAUGGCCAGUCCACUACUUGCGAGCUCGUCUUUGCCGCAAUUUUCGGGGCGACCCUUCAGCUAGGGGUAUUGGUGUAUGUAGGAUUCGCGACUUAUCACCCGUCUUUCAAUUUGACGAAAGGCGACGAGCCUGUCGCCGAUUAUGCGUACCCUUGCACUCUGUCUGGAACACUUUUCCUGGUGUUCGACUUAGCACUAUCUGCUCACGUCGUCGAGAGUAGCACGAAAGAAAGAAACUUCAUUUCAAGAGACGACAAGAAGACCCGUGUCAUCGACAUUGUAUCUUUUCUAUCAGAGAACUCAAGUCGAAACCUCCGAGAUCAUUUCGGGAGGACUUCGUUUUAUCAGGCAGCCGUAGCAGGCCACCAGAACAUUUUCGGGCCACUGGGUCGAAGUGGGAUCUUCCUGGAUGCUAGAGAUCGUAACGGCCAAACUGCAUUAUCUAUAGCCGCCAAAAACGGCCAUGUGGUCUAAAGCUUUGGUCAGCAGCGGUGCGGAAGUCAAGCUUGAAGAUGAAAAGGCGAAGACGCCUCUACACUAGGCUGCAGAAAC